AUGAUCAAACAUCAACCUACGAACAAGCUGACCGGAAGGAACUUGCUGUCAAAAUCCUGUAUUGGAUCCCACGAUAACAUCACUCCCACGCUCUUCUUACCUGGGUUAUUGUUUGAUGGCACAUUUUCAUACAAUUCGCACUAUGGCAUUCAUACAAUUCGCGCGCAUGCACCAAAGCUGCCGACACUUGGAAUGUGCAGCUACUGUCUUUCUCACCGGUCAACAGGAAGGAGGCAGUGCCAAUUUCCAGGUCUCUUCUUCACAACGGCAUCUAUAACGAACAUCGUUAUUGAACCACAAUAAUAGGCCUUUUUUUUUCUUCGGUCAGCAAGGCUCACCUAGGCUGAAUUCGCUUGAACCAUGUUAAAUCACCCUCAUUUGCGAGUUAUUGUUGACCGCCUUUUCUCUUGGGUGUGUAAGAUUGAUUGAUUGAUGGAAUCGCGAUGCCUAUCAGGAAUAUCUCACUGGUGACCGAACAUGAGCCCGAACCAUCAUCUUACACAGAACCUCAACUGUUCGACUAUAUCAGGUAAAAAUAUUCGAUAAGAAUUUCCGCUGAUUUCCGAAUAGAGACAAAACAGGCCAUUUGCCUACCGCAAUGCCAUGUAAACAAAAUAAUCAGUCUCACCAUAAUCUCGUAAAACGGUAAUCGUUCGCAUCGAUAUCUCGUUUUCGGCCAGGUCCAUUGACAGCGGCUGUCAGCACGACUACACGA